AUGAAUCAAUUUUCUCUAGCUUCACAAGUAAACCUCCACAUAAAGAGCAGUAUUUUUCAUGUACGAAUCAUUGAUACAGCAGAGGGUCUUGGUCGUUCAAAACUCAAUAUUGAAGCCACCUCACCUUCCUCACUCCCAACGACUUUUCAGUUUCGACAUUCCUACUCUCCAAUUGAUCAAGUUAUCCUCCCAACAAUGUCUACUGGAAAGUUCAUUAAGCGCCCGGACUCAUCGGUUAGAGAUGAGAAGCUGAAGAAGCUUGACAAAUUGAUCGCAGCCAAGGAUGCCGAAAAUAAAGCUUUGGACAAUGAACUGAAGAAGAUCGUUGUUCCUCAAAAAGUUGCCGAAAAGAGAAAGGAGUUGAUUUCUAAACUAACAGAACUCCGUGAGAAGCAAGCUAACUUUAAGGGCAAGAGAAACACUGUGUUUGCUCAGAUCAAGGAAAUUGAGAACCAGAUCCGAAAGAACAUUGCGGAGAUCCAAAAGAGCUCUCACAAACAGUUCAAGACCGCCCAAGAUGUUGACAACCGUGUCAAAGAACUGGAAGACCUCAUUGGAACUGGUGAACUGCGUAUUCUGGAAGAGAGAAAGUACGCUAAGGAGAUCAGUGAUUUACACAAGCUGCGUAGAGACUUCGGUGGUGUCGAAAAAUUGCAAGAGUUGGUCGAUAAUGACAAAGCUCAAAUCGAAUCUUUGAAGAAGUCUUUGGAUUUUGGAAAGGAACUGCGCGAUGAGUACGAUGCCAUCCAGAAGGAAUUAGACGAGAUCAACGCUCAGAACAAGACCAUCAAUGAAAAGAGAGAUGUUCUGUAUAAGCAGAAGAAGGAGAUCUACGCCGCCAAGAAUGAACUUUACGGCGAAGCUAGAAAAGCCAGGGAUGAUUACGAAAAAGAGUUCCAAAAGUUCAAGAAUUUGAUGGAGCAACAAAAGUUGGAGCAAGCUCAAAUGGAAGAACGAACCCAAUUGAACAAGCAAGUUGCUGAAAUCAAAAAGAGCAUCCAAGCUGAACAAGCGAGAAAGGACAGCCCAGCAUUUGCCUACGAGAUUGACUCCAUUCAUUCUGUUAUCAGCGUCUUAGACCCUUCUUACGUCAAACCCCAACCAAUUUCCAAGCCAUCUGUUGCUAUUCCUUGGAAUACAAGCAAUGCUUCAUCUUCCUUGAACAAAAAGAGAACUAUCAACAGACAAAUUGGAACUCCCAAUGGAGAAGUUUUGCAUAAACCUGAAGAAACCAAGGAUAUCAAGUCCUCUACUGCUUUUAAGAAGACUGCUUCACGAAAAGCCAAUGAUAAGGCCUUCAUCAACCCGGAGGUCAUCACUAGAUUGGCUGAUUUGAAGAUUGCUCAACCAACUAGUAAUGAAGAGACCUCUGGCACUCUGGAGUCUUUGAAGGAGAAACUGGCCUACUUUGAAGAAAAUAGGGAGGCUGAAGCUGAGAGGAUCAAACAGGCUUCCGAGGCAACUUUGGAGAAAUUGAACAGUGAAUUGGCUGAACUUGAGGCCAAGCUUUCUGCACUCGGACCAUUAACCGAGUAG